GAACCAUAGAAUAUGAAGGAAAGUGAAUAUUACAAAAUCACUAUUUAGAGGAAGAGCAGAGCAAAACAUCAAAGGCCAAGAGUCACAUUUUGUCCUUUCUAUUUAUAUAUUUCCAUCUUACAAGGAAAAAUGACUUUAGGUAGCAAAGAGCAGAAGAAAUCUAAGUAUAAACCUAAAGAGAUCCACAGUAAAGACUUUGAAAAACUCUGGGCCAAUUACUCAAGCAGACAGGAAGCAGACUUCACUGAAUGUCACUGAAUGUAGUGCUAACUUUCGACAGAAUACACAAAUAGUUUGGGGACUAUGAAUCCAGGUUCUGACAUUAUCAGAAGGGUGAUAGAAUGAAUAAAAUCAGUAAAUUUUCAAUCAAAAGUAUCACUGCUAAUUUUCGUUUUAGGAUGAAAAAUAUAAAACAGAUAAUUUCUAUGCUGUGUCUUCUGAGCAUAGAAAUUCUAUUCCUAAGGCUACUGCUGAUCGUGAAGCUUCCACCUCUACUGCUGACAGCCUGGAUGCUGCCGAGCCUGACCCGACAAAUUCUACAAAUGCUACUGACUGUCUGGCUGCUCUUGAGCAUGAGCUGACUAAUUCCAACAACACUGCUGACUGUCUGGCUGACCUUGAGCCUGAUCAGACUAUUUCUACCAAUGCCGCUGACUUUCAGGCUGCUGUUGCACCAGAGCCAACUAUGUCCACCCACCCUGCUGACUGUCUGCCUGAUGUGGAACCAGAGCCAACUAUGUCCACCCACCCUGCUGACACUCUGGCUGCUCUUGAUCCUGAGCUGACUAAUUUCAACAACACUGCUGACUGUCUGGCUGACCAUGAGCCUGAGCCAAACAUGUCCACCCACCCUGCUGACAGUCUGCCUGAUGUGGCACCAGAGCCAACUAUGUCCAAUCACCCUGCUGACACUCUGGCUGCUCUUGAGCCUGAACUGACUAAUUCCAACAACACUGCUGACUGUCUGGCUGACCUUGAGCCUGAUACGACGAUUUCUACCAAUGCCGCUGACUUUCAGGCUGCUGUUGCACCAGAGCCUGCUAUGUCCACCAACCCUGCUGACAGUAUGGCAGCUGUUGAGCCUGAGCCGACUAUGUCCACCCACCCUGCUGACAUUCUGACUGCUGAUGAGCCUGAACAUAAUAAUUCUACCAAAGCUGCUGACUGUCUGGCUGACCUUGAGCCUGAGCCAAAAAUGUCCACCCACCCUGCUGACAGUCUGCCUGAUGUGGAACCAGAGCCAACUAUGUCCACCCACCCUGCUGACACUUUGGCUGCUCUAGAGCCUGAGCUGACCAAUUUCAACAACACUGCUGACUGUCUGGCUGACCUUGAGCCUGAUCCGACUAUUUCUACCAAUGCCACUGACGUUCAGGCUGCUGUUGCACCAGAGCCAACUAUGUCCACCCACCCUGCUGACUGUCUGCCUGAUGUGGAACCAGAGCCAACUAUGUCCACCCACCCUGCUGACACUCUGGCUGCUCUUGAGCCUGAGCUGACUAAUUUCAACAACACUGCUGACUGUCUGGCUGACCCUGAGCCUGAUCCAACAAUUUCUACCAAUGCCGCAGACUGUCGGGCUGCUGUUGCACCAGAGCCCGCUAUGUCCACCAACCCUGCUGACAGUAUGGCAGCUGUUGAGCCUGAGCCGACUAUGUCCACCCACCCUGCUGACAUUAUGACUGCUGACGAUCCUGCACAUAAUACUUCUACCAAAGCUGCUGACUAUCUGGCUGACCUUGAGCCUGAGCCAAACAUGUCCACCCACCCUGCUGACAGUCUGCCUGAUGUGGAACCAGAGCCAACUAUGUCCAAUCACCCUGCUGACACACUGGCUGCUCUUGAGCCUGAGUCGACUAAAUCCUCCAAUGCUGCUGACUGUCUGGCCUAUGUUGAGCCAGAGCCAGCUAUGUCCACCCACCAUGCCGACAGUCUGGCUGCUCUUGAGCAUGAGCUGUCUCAUGCCAACAAAGAUGCUGACUGUCUGGCUUCUCUCAAGGCUGAGCUGAUUAAUUCCACCAAUGCUACUGAUUGUCUGGCUUCUGUUGGGACUGAGACAACCAUGUCCACCCAGCCUACUGACAAUUUGGCAGCUGUUGAGCCUGAACAUAAUAAUUCCACCAAUACUGCUGACGGUAAGGACUCUGUUGAACAAGAGCCAGCUAAGCCCACCUACCGUGCCGACAGUCUGGCUGCUCUUGAGCAUGAGCCGACUAAUUCCAACAACACUGCUGACUGUCUGGCUUCUCAGAAGGCUGAGUCAAUUGAUUCUACCAAUGCUACUGAUUGUUUGGCUUCUGUUGGGACUGAGACAACUAUGUCCACCCACCCUGCUGACAAUAUGGCUACUGAUGAGCUUGAGCCUACACAUUCCACCAAUGCUGCUUACUUUCUGGCCGCUCUUGAGCCCCAGUCGACUAAUUCCUCCAAUGCUGCUGAUAUUCUGGCUUCUGUUGGGUCUGAGACAACCAUGUCUACCCACCUUGCUGAUAUUCCUAUUGCUCAUGAGCCUGACUAUAAUGAUUCUACCAAUGCUGCUGACAGUCUGGACUCCGUUGAGCCAGAGCCAGCUAUGUCCACCCACCGUGCCGACUGUCUGGCUGCUCUUGAGCAUGAGCUGUCUCAUGCCAACAAAGCUGCUGACUGUCUGGCUUCUCUCAAGGCUGAGCCAACCAUGUCCACCCAGCCUGCUGACAGUUCGGCAGCUGUUGAGCCUGAGCCUACAAUUUCCACCAGAGCUGCUGAUUGUCUGGCUACUGUUCCGCCGGAGCUAACUAGGUCAACCCACCGUGCUGCCUGUCUGGACUCUGUUCAGCCUGAGUCAUCUAUGUCCACACACCCUGCUGAUAAUAUGGCUACUGAUGAGCUUGAGCCUACAAAUUCGACGAACGCUACUUACUGUCUGGCUGCUCUUGAGCCUGAGUCGACUAAAUCCUCCAAUGCUGCUGACUGUCUGGCCUAUGUUGAGCCAGAGCCAGGUAUGUCCACCCACCGUGCCGACAGUCUGGCUGCACUUGAGCAUGAGCUGUCUCAUGCCAACAAAGAUGCUGACUGUCUGCCUUCUCUCAAGACUGAGCUGAUUAAUUCCAUCAAUGCUACUGAUUGUCUGGCUUCUGUUGGGCCUGAGACAACCAGGUCCACCCAGCCUGCUGACAGUGUGGCAGCUGUUGAGCCUGAACAUAAUAGUUCCAACAAUGCUGCUGACGGUCUGGACUCUGAUGAACAAGAGCCAGCUAAGCCCACCCACCGUGCCGACAGUCUGGCUGCUCUUGAGCAUGAGCUGACUAAUUCCAACAACACUGCUGACUGUCUGGCUUCUCAGAAGGCUGAGUCAAUUGAUUCUACCAAUGCUACUGAUUGUUUGGCUUCUGUUGGGACUGAGACAACUAUGUCCACCCACCCUGCUGACAAUAUGGCUACGGAUGAGCUUGAGCCUACACAUUCCACCAAUGCUGCUUACUUUCUGGCCGCUCUUGAGCCCCAGUCGACUAAUUCCUCCAAUGCUGCUGAUAUUCUGGCUUCUGUUGGGUCUGAGACAACCAUGUCUACCCACCUUGCUGAUAUUCCUAUUGCUCAUGAGCCUGACUAUAAUGAUUCUACCAAUGCUGCUGACAGUCUGGACUCCGUUGAGCCAGAGCCAGCUAUGUCCACCCACCAUGCCGACAGUCUGGCUGCUCUUGAGCAUGAGCUGUCUCAUGCCAACAAAGAUGCUGACUGUCUGGCUUCUCUCAAGGCUGAGCUGAUUAAUUCCACCAAUGCUACUGAUUGUCUGGCUUCGGUUGGGACUGAGACAACCAUGUCCACCCAGCCUACUGACAAUUUGGCAGCUGUUGAGCCUGAACAUAAUAAUUCCACCAAUACUGCUGACGGUAAGGACUCUGUUGAACAAGAGCCAGCUAAGCCCACCUACCGUGCCGACAGUCUGGCUGCUCUUGAGCAUGAGCUGACUAAUUCCAACAACACUGCUGACUGUCUGGCUUCUCAGAAGGCUGAGUCAAUUGAUUCUACCAAUGCUACUGAUUGUUUGGCUUCUGUUGGGACUGAGACAACUAUGUCCACCCACCCUGCUGACAAUAUGGCUACUGAUGAGCUUGAGCCUACACAUUCCACCAAUGCUGCUUACUUUCUGGCCGCUCUUGAGCCCCAGUCGACUAAUUCCUCCAAUGCUGCUGAUAUUCUGGCUUCUGUUGGGUCUGAGACAACCAUGUCUACCCACCUUGCUGAUAUUCCUAUUGCUCAUGAGCCUGACUAUAAUGAUUCUACCAAUGCUGCUGACAGUCUGGACUCCGUUGAGCCAGAGCCAGCUAUGUCCACCCACCGUGCCGACAGUCUGGCUGCUCUUGAGCAUGAGCUGUCUCAUGCCAACAAAGCUGCUGACUGUCUGGCUUCUCUCAAGGCUGAGCCAACCAUGUCCACCCAGCCUGCUGACAGUUCGGCAGCUGUUGAGCCUGAGCCUACAAUUUCCACCAGAGCUGCUGAUUGUCUGGCUACUGUUCUGCCAGAGCUAACUAGGUCAAACCACCCUGCUGACUGUCUGGACUCUGUUCAGCCUGAGACAUCUAUGUCCACACACCCUGCUGAUAAUAUGGCUACUGAUGAGCUUGAGCCUACAAUUUCAACCAACGCUGCUUACUCUCUGGCUGCUCUUGAGCCUAAGUCGACUAAAUCCUCCAAUUCUGCUGACUGUCUGGCCUAUGUUGAGCCAGAGCCAGCUAUGUCCACCCACCAUGCCGACAGUCUGGCUGCUCUUGAGCAUGAGCUGUCUCAUGCCAACAAAGAUGCUGACUGUCUGGCUUCUCUCAAGGCUGAGCUGAUUAAUUCCACCAAUGCUACUGAUUGUCUGGCUUCUGUUGGGCCUGAGACAACCAUGUCCACCCAGCCUACUGACAAUUUGGCAGCUGUUGAGACUGAACAUAAUUCCACCAAUGCUGCUGAUGGUCUGGACUCUGUUGAACAAGAGCCAGCUAAGCCCACCCACCGUGCCGACAGUCUGGCUGCUCUUGAGCAUGAGCUGACUAAUUCCAACAACACUGCUGACUGUCUGGCUUCUCAGAAGGCUGAGUCAAUUGAUUCUACCAAUGCUACUGAUUGUUUGGCUUCUGUUGGGACUGAGACAACUAUGUCCACCCACCCUGCUGACAAUAUGGCUACUGAUGAGCUUGAGCCUACACAUUCCACCAAUGCUGCUUACUGUCUGGCUGCUCUUGAGCCUGAGUCUACUAAAUCCUCCAGUGCUGCUGACUGCCUGGCCUAUGUUGAGCCAGAGCCAGCUAUGUCCACCCACCGUGCCGACACUCUGGCUGCUCUUGAGCAUGAGCUGUCUCAUGACAACAAAGAUGCUGGCUGUCUGGCUUCUCUCAAGGCUGAGCUGAUUAAUUCCACCAAUGCUACUGAUUGUCUGGCUUCUGUUGGGACUGAGACAACCAUGUCCACCCAGCCUGCUGACAGUUUGGCAGCUGUUGAGCCUGAACAUAAUAAUUCUACCAAUGCUGCUGACGGUCUGGACUCUAUUGAACAAGAGCCAGCUAUGCCCACCCACCGUUCCGACAGUCUGGCUGCUCUUGAGCAUGAGCUGUCUCAUGCCAAUAAAGCUGCUGACUGUCUGGCUUCUCUCAAGGCUGAGCCAACCAUGUCCACCCAGCCUGCUGACACUUUGGCAUCUGUUGAGCCUGAGCCUACUUUUUCCACCAAAGCUGCUGAUUGUCUGGCUACUGUUCAGCCUGAGCUAACUAGGUCAAACCACCCUGCUGACUGUCUGGAUUCUGUUCAGCCUGAGUCAUCUAUGUCCCCACACCCUGCUUACAGUUUGGUAGCUAUUGAGCCUGAACUGACUAAUUCCACCAAAGCUUCUGACUUUCUGGGUGCUGUUGAUCCCGAGUCAACCAAAUCUAUCCACCCUGCUGACAGUAUGGCAGUUGAUGAGCCUGAGCUGCCUAAUUCCAACAUUGCUGCUGACUGUCUGGACGACCUUGAGCCUGAUACGACUAUUUCUACCAAUGCCGCUGACUGUCAGGCUGCUGUUGGGUCUGAGACAACCCUGUCCACCCAGCCUGCUGACAGUUUGGCAGCUGUUGAGCCUAAGCCGACUAAUUCCACCAAAGCUGCUGACUGUCUGGACUCUGCUGAGCCAGAGCCAACUAUGGCCACCCACCAUGCUGACAUUCUGACUGCUGUUGAGCCUGAACAUACUAAUUGCUCCAGUACUGCUGACUGUCUGCCUGCUGUUCAGCCUGAGUCCAGUAUGUCCACCCACCCUGCUGACAGUAUGGCUGCUAUUGAUGCUGAGCCUACAGAUCCUGCCAUUGUUGCUGACUGUCUGGCUGCUCUUGAACCUCGGCUGUCUCUUACAUGUGCUGCUGACAGUAGUGUGUUAGUUGAGAGUCAUGACUCAGGACCAGCUAGUCACAUUGGAUUGGAUUAUGUAGUUGAUUUACCUCUUUACAAGGAGAGUACAAGUGAAGAAGAAAUAUUUGAUUCUGCUACUUCAGAUGAGGAAUCUUCUUUUACUCCUGACGUAGAAGAAGGUCUGCCUGCUACUCAGGGUGCUGAGGAUAUUUUUCAUGCUUCCGCACGAGCUGAACCAAUAAACCAUAGCUUGAACCUUCUCAGGGAGAGUGGAUAUCUUCGGGCAACAGAGAUACCACGCAUACCUUUUUUGCUCUUCAUAUGGCUUAUAUCCUCACUUUUAUCCAUCAUAACAUGGAUGAAAAUCCAAAUUCAACAAGCAUGGCAUGAAGAAAAUGGCCAAGGAGCUCCCACUAAGAAGAGAGUCGGACCAGUGGCUGCGGCUCCUGAUCCCUAGACCCUUGAUGCUCCUCCAGGAUCGAUUGGAAUAUCAAAACACAGUCUGUGUGGGAGAAUUGAUCAUAUAUAUAAAUUUUAAAAUAAAAUGUUCAGUCUAAUUGUAGACUGAAGUAAAAA